AUGGAUCGCUCAUCUCCAGAGCGUUCCCCACGUAACUCCGCCAACCCAUCCACAUCCAGCAGUUUGAGCUAUCGUCCCAGUCCCAAUCAACCUUAUCCAGAUUCCCCAAAUAUGGAUGCUCCAAUUCCCGACGACCAGCAUGGCGCUGAUUUACCGAUGAAUAUGACAGCAUCGAUCAUGCUUACUGGUCUACCUCGUGAUGCCCAGCAAGCACUCGUCGAUGUGGAACGUAUCGAUGAAGGCAAAGGUACGUUGUACCAAGCCGAUGUUGUCCCUCCCAUCACCAACCGUGAUGGACGCCAUAUUUCCCGGUAA